AUGAGUAUUGGCUUCAACCGACUGAUCCUCCUUCAUGGUCCUCCCGGGAGCGGAAAAACUAGUCUUGCCCGGGCGUUGGCGCAGAAGCUCUCCAUCCGCCUGUCAGCCCAGUAUCCGCAAUGCCAGCUCUUCGAGAUCAAUAGUCAUAAUCUGUUCUCCAAGUACUUUUCGGAGUCGGCUACGUUGGUGGGACAGAUGUUUGAUCGGAUUCUGAAGCUUUUGGAGGAUGGGCGAGUGUUUAUUGUUUUGUUGAUUGAUGAGGUUGAGACAUUACUGCCGUCGAGAAUGAAGGCUAUUGGUGGUGGGGAGCCGAAUGACGGAAUCAGGGUUGUGAACGCCCUCCUGACCGCGUUGGACAAGCUACGGACCAAGAACAAUGUCCUCCAAUCCCCCGUGAUCGUGUUGACGACCUCGAACCUCCUACAAUCCAUGGAUCCCGCAUUCCUGGACCGCGCCGAUAUGAAACAGUUCAUUGACACCCCCUCCACCCCCGCAAUCUACAGCAUUCUUCGCACCGGACUGCACGAACUAAUCCGGGCUGGAAUCAUCAUCUCCCCAUCCCCGAUCCCCUGCGCAACCGAAGCCUCCCUGAGCCUCUUCCGUCUCCCCGACGCUCCGUCCACGAGACUGUGGAACUGCGCGAAAAACUGUGUCGGCAUGAGUGGUAGGGAGCUGGGGAAGACCAUCAUUCUGAUGCAUGCAAAUUAUAUCCAGAGGAGUAGGUGUAUGCUGGAGGAAGCAUUGAAUGCAUUGGAAAAGAGUGUGGGGGAUCGGAGGGAUGAGAGGGGGAAGAGGGAUAGUGAUAGCAGGAUUGGCCGCGAGACGGCGGGCCUGGACGGGGGCAGCGGGAGGAGUCUGUAG